UGUGUGUAAAAUUCCGAAAAUAAAUCGUCCACAUUUAGUUAUUUCCCCUAUGCCAGUCGGCUUAUGAGCCAGGUUCGCUUAUUUACAGUAGCGAGGAAUCUACUGGUCGUGAGAACGACAAAACUGCAGCCGAAAAAGGCCGAAAUUCUGGUCUGAAAAAUGGCGACACCGACUUCCGGGUCGUCUGCAGAAGACGGUGGCGAGUUUUACGUGUGCAGGUGUUUCUUUACGAACAAUUUCUACCUGAAGGACUACAACGUGCACGUGGUGUACAGGGAUGACGCGCAGUUUGGGGAGGACUACAAGCAGGUAAUGAAGAAAUACGGAUGUCAUACAGACAACCAGUGGGACCAAGUCCUGGCACAGGUGAAGAGUGAGUUGGAGAGAAGACAGAACCUGUUUCAGCAGUCUCUGGAGAGAAGAAAACAGAUCAGAACAGAGUACAGACCACUCCAUCCUCACGUCUACACAUUACAGGAAUCCUUCUUUGCACCAGAGUUCUUGGAGUUGGUUGAAAUGUCCAGAAGAAGUGACACUAGUCCAGAAGAUGUCAUGAAGUUUGUUACCUCAAAACCAGAUGACAGAGUUUAUGAGUUCCCAGUUUUUACCAAGCAGUUCUGUCAACAGUUCAUGGAAGAAAUAACUCACUUUGAAGAAAGCAAUCUUCCCAAGGGCAGGCCAAACACAAUGAACAAUUAUGGAAUUCUCCUGAAUGAGCUUGGUUUUGAUGAAGGUUUCGUCACACCACUGAGGACAGACUAUCUACGCCCCAUGUGCAGACUUCUGUACCCAGACUGGGGAGGGGAUGCACUAGACUCACACAAGGCUUUUGUGGUGACGUACAAGCUAGGAGAGGACCUAGACCUGAGCUACCACUACGACAACGCAGAGGUCACUCUGAAUGUCUCACUGGGGAAGGAGUUUGAGGAGGGUUCUUUGUACUUUAGAAGCAUGAGACAGGUUGUACAGUCCCAUCCCAGUUAUCAGGAACACAGGCACCGUCCCACGUACGGCCUCCUACACCGCGGCCAGCACAAACACGGCGCCAUGCCGAUCGAGGAGGGGGAACGCUACAAUCUCAUCAUCUGGAUGAGGUCGUCUAAGGUUAGGAACCAGCUGUGCCCCAUGUGCGACCAGAAACCGACGCUGGUGCGGACUGUGGGGUUUGGAGACGGGUUCACGAAGGAGACGAAAACUGUAGAUGUGUGUUGCGCUAGCUAGUGAAAUACUGCUUGCUGCACUUAGUUAUUUGUCAGACACUCAGAUGGA